UAAAGAGAGAUGGGAACAUCCAUAUAUUGCGUUCAUCAAGAAACGCAUACACCAAUUUUUUUCAGUACCCACCCACUAGUUCCUUAUCAUACUGAUGCUUAUACCUCAUAAUGCACGAGCAAGAUAGGAGCCACCAAUUAAAUUUUUGAUGGCGUAAUAUAUGCACGUUCCGUAACCUCGUUGUCACUCCAUAUUUGAGUACAGUUUUGUCUCGACGAUGGAAAGUUCAACUGCUGUUCGAGUUUCUCCAAUUCUCUAAAAUUACAAGGUCGUGGUUAGCAUACCUUUCCGUAAAUUAUGGACGUUGAGGAGAAACCCAUUCUGCAUUUGGCCGUAUCCCUACCUGAGAUUGUCGGAAAGAUCACGGCAUUCCUCCCAAACUCAGACCUGCUCACGUGCACCCGGCUUAAUUCUGUAUGGGAGGGCGCGGCCCGGAAACACCUCCGUGCCCGAAUAUCCAUCUCUAUGAAACAUCUUCCCCCCUACCUGGAAACCAUGCUUGUCCGAUCCAACCAUCACGAAAGGAUGGAAUUUUGCUACACUAGCGCCCCUGAGUUUGUCACCUUUUUACAAAAUGCCGGAAAAUUGGACCACUCAUUCCUCUCGAUAACCCUCGAUAAGGACUUAUCUUGCUGGGAUGGCGUCUUCUCCAGUCUAAAACUUGCCGGGACAAGUUUGACCUCCCUAAUGUUACGGCCGAUUUGCUUUAAAUCACAUACCCCCCACCCUUCCUCCGUCCUGGCAGUUUUGACCCCGGAAAAAAAUUUGACCCUUCCCGCCAUCACGAGGUUGUCCUUAGUUUCCUUACCCGCCCAGACAUAUCCCGCCCUAGGAAACAUCUAUUCUCGGCUUGCCCCCCUUCUCCCAAACGUGGACACACUACGGCACCAACUUUGUGAACAGAGCGAGCUUGACUUCCUACUUGGCACGAGGCCCGCCCCAUUUCCAAAAUUGACCUCAUUAUCCGUCACCCACUGUAAUUUAGAUCGUACAUUAAUCGACUCCUUCCAAAUAGCCGUAACGCCAUCUUGGGCCCUUACCCGGCUUGAGUUUGAUAUUCGGAACGACAAAAAAAAACAUUGGUCCGAUUUUGCUCCGAAUUUAUUCCGCCGGUUUGGAAUACGUGCAUAUUUGUAAGGUUAGAAAUUCCGUAUUACCCGAAGGUACCGAACCUACCGUUCUGCACGUCCCGGUCAUGCCGAAACUUCGGGUUUUCAAAGUGACGAGGAACCCUGGCCCGUGCGAGGCCGGGGGCGGGAUCAGGUUUAAAUUCGAAACGGAGGAUCCUGCUGAAGGGGGUAAAAAGAUUAACUAUGGAAAGCAGUUUCCCGCCUUGCAAGCGAUUAGAAUUGGGUGUGCCGGGAAAGUGAGGGAGGCUGAGGCGGACACGUGGUUUGAGUACGUGGCCCAUUUUCUCUAUGAAGUAUUCGCCCCGGGAAAUGGGGUAGUGUGUGAAACGCUACAGGACCUGGAUGUCCCCCUUCCGGCGGGGGAGAGGUUCAAGUUAAUGGGGGCGAAGGGUACGAGGUGUGGGAUAAAACAGGGAGUUUGUGACUGUUGGGAGUGGGAGAGGUCGGACGUCUUCUUGGGUCGGCUGACUGCAACUUUUCCCAAUUUGAGGGCUCCGCGUUUGGCCGAGAGGGGG